AUGGACUCCUCAUCGGCUCCUUUGGCUCACUACUUCUGGAUUGCUGGUGUAGAGUCAAUAUCCUACGAUGAUGCUCCUCAGCCUACCUUGCCUGUUGACGACACCAUCGCCGAAGAUGGGGAGCCUGAUAACGGCGUAAUUGUCAACGGCCAGCAUCGCCCAAACACCGCCCGUCACUCGCGCCAAAACUCAGCCAACCGCCUCUCCAAAAUCUCCAUCGACGCGCAUUCCACAUCCAGCACUCUCGAUGACCUCGACAGCACUUGGAGCAAUCGCAGCAGUGCAACCAUUCGUCCAAGCAGUAAAUUGCCCCCUCCCGCAACGACUUCCUCCGAUGUCGCGGCAUCGCCCGAGGACGAAUCAUUACCCGCUCCUCGCAUGGGCGACGUCGACUUUGACAGGGCUCUCCUCAAAUUUGCUGCCGAGCGCGAAAACUUUCUAGAGGACCUAUCAUUUACCGCUGGUGCCAGAGUCCAGGCCAGAGCUCCCAUGGUCAAUCCCCGUGCUGAGCGCAUCAAGGCCGACGAGGUUCCCAGCGGCCGAAUGAGUCCGCUACGCAGCCUCAAAGGCAGCAUUCGCCGAAAAAUCAGCUUCAGGGAAAUGAGCAGCACAAAACGUCAGGGGACCAUUCACAGAAGCAGCAACAUCAAUGGAUCUGCUUCUAUUCGUACCGCCAAGCGCCUCAGUAACUAUAAUUCAGUAAUCCCCCCGCCCGAGCCUCUCAACACCGAUCCCGAUAUGCACCCGCUCAAGCGUCGAUUCGAACCCGUCCUCUUGGACCGAUAUCCACCCAAGAGUGCCACCGAGGAGGUUCCACGACGGGGCCGGUUCCCUGACUAUGUACCCAUGUUCGCCUUCCCCAAUGACAUCCAAAUUGUCUCCUCGGACGAACGCCCACGCUCCACGUGGCACGGCUUUACCAUGACCGCCGAGGAUAGUAGCAAACUCUACGGCAUCUCCAUCAUUAUCUGGACAGCCCUAUCUGCCGACGUGGCUGAUGAUGUCGAGAUGAAGUGCGAGCAGUGGCGCCAGAGCCACAUGUCUAACGAAGAACGCGAGCUCGCUGCGAGCCUGGGCAUCAGGUUAGCUGGAGAGCGCACACAUCUUUCACAGCUUCUUGCAAAGUUGCCAACAAUACCCUCAGGAUCGGUCGCCCGCGAAAGGCUUGAGGACGAAAUCAGCACAGUCGAAGAAAAGAUUGCUCUCAUGACAGAUAUGCUGCGCCCACUUCGCCAUGGAGCCGCCUCCAAGAUUGAAGGACUAACAGCCGGUGAGAGCGGGUUGUGGAUUCCUCGAGCCUACGGCGUAUUGGGUAAAGACGCUGCCAACAUGUCUUUCUGGAAGGAAUGGCUUAAGGCUAUUGUCGUGCCCAUGACCGACGGAGCUGUCCUCCGGGUACCACCAAGCUCGCCCAGAGUCGGCCGCUGGCAGCCUCUCGAACGCUAUAUUGUCAAUAUGUGCACCGAGGCGUUCAGUCCUCUAGGGUCCAAAACGCAGGUCGAAUUAGGCAUCCGGGAGCUGAAGCUCUAUGCUCGCAAAGAGGCUGCCAAUGAGAUCCCUGGCUCCCGGACCAUUGACUUGUACGCGCUGUUCCGCUGCCUGUCGUUAGAAAAUAUUGUUGCUCUUUACGAAUACGCCAUGGCCGAAUCUCGUAUCAUUUUCCUUUCCUCGCACACCAGCAUGCUGCAUCUAGCUUGCCACGCCUUGGCCAACCUCCUGUACCCUCUCAAGUGGGCCAGCAUCUUCAUCCCCAUCCUUCCCGCCAGACUCAUUUCGGCUCUCGAGGCCCCUUGCCCAUAUAUCGUGGGUGUCGAACGACGAUACGACCGCAUUGAUCUGCCGGACGAUGACUACGUUCUGGUUGACCUCGACAAGGACACCAUUGACGCCACAUCACAACCCCACCGCCUACCUCGACAGCAAAGACGCAAGCUCAUGUCGCUUCUUCAGGUUGCUGCCCCUCACCGAAUCCGCUAUGGCGUUGUUGAGGGACCGCCACCCUACGCCGUUGAAUCGUUCCCUUACGAUGCCUUCUCAACCGAGAACGGAUCCAUCUUCAACUCUAGAGCCAGCGAGAGCACUCUAGGAAAGUGGGUGUCGCAAAACUCGUCGAGCUUUGGCGAGCCUCUGUCUUCCUCAGCCCUGCAACCUCCUGUGUUCAACGCAUUCACGGAGGCCAUCACCGAUACCGGCAAGUCAGAUCGCCCCGGCACCAGCAAGUCGAGCCGGACGAGCCCCCAGUCUUCAGUGUCGCCCGAAUCGACUCACUUCCCUCCUCUGCCCACAACACCGACGACGCCAAUCUCGAGAAGCGAUUCUGGGUUUGCGCUGACGGCAACUCUGCGGGAAAAGCGCUCUGGCCAUUUUGGCGAAGAAAAAAUGCGACGAAGCUCUUCGUUUGGUAUGGAUAAGUUCCAGCCAAUGCAUCGACCCAGUCAUCCCUUCCUAAAUGGCCAUCAGCAAAACUUCAGCAUCUCUGGAAUUUCCAUCGACUCGCAGGCGACCGGGUACGGAGGCGGCGGUGGCGGCUAUGCGCCGUCAACGUAUGCGCAGUCUACUUUGGCAGCCUCCACCAUCAUGCCCAGCAUGCAAAUCCAGCCCGUCCGCAAUACUGAGACGACUGUAUGGGUAGAGGGGCACUGCUUCAACCUGGACCGCAAAGAUUCCAGUUCGACGUGCACUAUUUGUGCCGAAAAGGCGGACACCGAGGGCAUGUACCAUUGCUCCGCGUGUCAGACCGUGUCGCACGGACGCUGCUUGGGUGUCGCUUCGCUGGUCUGCCCUCAAGCAUUCCACGCUGACCGUGUUCGCGCUGCCUUUGUUCGCUGUCAGGCCAGCCUGCUCUACACUUAUCGCAAGCAUCUGGGCCGCCCGUCGAAACAGCAACGUUCAAAUGGACAGAUCUACGCAUUCGACAUGGAUGGGUUUAUUAAGAGUCUCCCACAUGAACAGCAAGACUACGCCGUCAUGAUGCGCGACACGCAGCUUUUCAACGAGUUUAUUCACGAGCGAGAGCUGACGGCACCGACGGAGCCUUCGAUCCGACUGUUCGACGAAGUCAUCAUGGCCAAGAAGGCGCGUGGACGUCCCGGUCUUUCGUCUGGCCUCUCGACGCUCUCGCGCAUCUCUUCGAUCCGGGUGUCCCACGGCGCGUCCGCCAACGCAUUUGGCCUCGCCCCGCCCCGCGGCGGCGCCAACAAGCCACCGAACUACCUCAACGACACGUCAGACCACAUUUGGCGGACCGCGGCGGUGCCCGUGCCCAAGGGCAACUUUAUGGGGGAGUACCGCUCGGUUGUUACGCGAGUGCCUGCACGGCUGGAUCGCACCCUGAUGCGAGAGCCGCGGGCGAUUCAGGGCGUGCCGCGCGCAGAGCAGCGCGGUUCGCGCGGCCUUGUCCGAAAGCAGGUCGCAAGCAUGCUCGGCACCACGCCGCCGCCUUAA